GAAGACAACCGCUCCAGCAAGAGUUUAUUUGAAGUACAGAAUACUAAACUCAUUUAUACUGGACUUGUGCACCAGCGUAGUAGUCUUAGUUUAACGUGCACAGUUAACAAUUUAAAAUAUUGCCUUUUGGUAGCAUCACGUAUUUGGACAACGGAACCUGAGGUUCAGGGUUUUCUGGAAUCUGUAAGAUGUUUCAAAUAAAGAAAAUUUGUUGCAUCGGAGCAGGAUAUGUCGGAGGUCCGACUUGCAGCGUGAUCGCUCAAAUGUGUCCGGAGAUACAAGUGACGGUAGUCGACGUCAACGAGUCCCGAAUCAAAGCCUGGAACUCCGAUACGCUUCCCAUAUACGAGCCAGGCCUGAGAGAGGUGGUGGAGUCCUGCAGAGGAAGGAACCUGUUCUUCUCAACUGACAUCGACUCUGCCAUCAGGGAGGCUGACUUGGUGUUCAUCUCUGUGAACACGCCAACCAAGACUUACGGGAUGGGGAAAGGGCGAGCUGCUGACCUCAAGUACAUCGAGGCGUGCGCCCGACGCAUCGUGGAGGUUUCAAACGGCUACAAGAUCGUCACGGAGAAGAGCACCGUCCCGGUCCGCGCUGCUGAGAGCAUCCGGAGGAUCUUUGACGCCAACACCAAACCCAGCCUCAACCUGCAGGUGCUGUCCAACCCUGAGUUCCUGGCAGAGGGGACGGCAGUGCGAGACCUGAAGGAGCCAGACCGCGUCCUGAUUGGAGGAGAUGAGACAGCGGAGGGCCAGCGCGCCAUCAGGGCUCUGAGCUGCGUGUAUGAGCGCUGGGUCCCCCGGACCCGCAUCAUCACCACCAACACCUGGAGCUCUGAGCUCUCCAAGCUGGCAGCCAAUGCGUUCCUGGCCCAGCGCAUCAGCAGCAUCAACAGCAUCAGUGCACUGUGUGAGGCGACUGGUGCUGAUGUGGAGGAGGUGGCCAGAGCCAUCGGCAUGGACCAGAGGAUAGGAAGCAAGUUCCUGAAGGCCAGCGUUGGGUUUGGAGGUAGCUGUUUCCAGAAGGAUGUGCUGAACCUGGUCUACCUGUGUGAGGCCCUCAACCUCCCAGAGGUCGCCUCCUACUGGCAGCAGGUGAUAGAUAUGAAUGAGUACCAGCGCAGGAGGUUUGCCUGCAGGAUCAUUGACUGUCUCUUCAACACCGUGACUGGGAAGAAGAUCGCUCUGCUGGGCUUCUCCUUCAAGAAGGAUACAGGAGACACCAGGCAGUCCUCCAGUAUCUACAUCUCUCAGUACCUGCUGGAUGAAGGAGCUAAUCUGCACAUCUACGACCCCAAAGUCCUGAAGCAGCAGAUCCAGCAGGACCUGUCCAGCACCUCAGAGCCCAACAGAGUGUCUGAGCUGGUUACCGUGACUACAGACCCGUACCAGGCUUGCCAGAGUGCCCAUGCCCUUGUCAUCUGCACUGAGUGGGACAUGUUCAAGGACCUGGACUAUGAGAGGAUCUACCAGCGGAUGCUGAAACCAGCCUUCCUGUUUGACGGACGCAGAGUCCUGGACCACCUGCACCCUCAGCUGCAGAGCAUCGGCUUCCAGAUUGAGACCAUCGGCAAGAAGGUGACGUCUGUGCGCAUCCCCUACACCCCCUCAGCCAGCCUUGCAGAGCCACCAAGCAAGAAGCCCAAGAUCUGAUCUGAGACCUGAUCUACACCCCCUCAGCCAGCCUUGCAGAGCCACCAAGCAAGAAGCCCAAGAUCUGAUCUGAGACCUGAUCUACACCCCCUCAGCCAGCCUUGCAGAGCCACCAAGCAAGAAGCCCAAGAUCUGAUCUGAGACCUGAUCUACACCCCCUCAGCCAGCCUUGCAGAGCCACCAAGCAAGAAGCCCAAGAUCUGAUCUGAGACCUGAUCUACACCCCCUCAGCCAGCCUUGCAGAGCCACCAAGCAAGAAGCCCAAGAUCUGAUCUGAGACCUGAUCUACACCCCCUCAGCCAGCCUUGCAGAGCCACCAAGCAAGAAGCCCAAGAUCUGAUCUGAGACCUGAUCUACACCCCCUCAGCCAGCCUUGCAGAGCCACCAAGCAAGAAGCCCAAGAUCUGAUCUGAGACCUGAUCUACACCCCCUCAGCCAGCCUUGCAGAGCCACCAAGCAAGAAGCCCAAGAUCUGAUCUGAGACCUGAUCUACACCCCCUCAGCCAGCCUUGCAGAGCCACCAAGCAAGAAGCCCAAGAUCUGAUCUGAGACCUGAUCUACACCCCCUCAGCCAGCCUUGCAGAGCCACCAAGCAAGAAGCCCAAGAUCUGAUCUGAGACCUGAUCUACACCCCCUCAGCCAGCCUUGCAGAGCCACCAAGCAAGAAGCCCAAGAUCUGAUCUGAGACCUGAUCUACACCCCCUCAGCCAGCCUUGCAGAGCCACCAAGCAAGAAGCCCAAGAUCUGAUCUGAGACCUGAUCUACACCCCCUCAGCCAGCCUUGCAGAGCCACCAAGCAAGAAGCCCAAGAUCUGAUCUGAGACCUGAUCUACACCCCCUCAGCCAGCCUUGCAGAGCCACCAAGCAAGAAGCCCAAGAUCUGAUCUGAGACCUGAUCUACACCCCCUCAGCCAGCCUUGCAGAGCCACCAAGCAAGAAGCCCAAGAUCUGAUCUGAGACCUGAUCUACACCCCCUCAGCCAGCUUUGCAGAGCCAUCAAGCAAGAAGCCCAAGAUCUGAUCUGAGACCUGAUCUACACCCCCUCAGCCAGCUUUGCAGAGCCAUCAAGCAAGAAGCCCAAGAUCUGAUCUGAGACCUGAUCUACACACACCCCUCUGUUUCUCCUGAUCUACACACACACACACCUGUUUCUCCUGAUCUACACACACACCUGUUUCUCCUGAUCUACACACACAUGCCUGAACUAACCACACCCCCCACUUCUCUCUGCUCUAGCAGAACUAUCUCUCCCACAGUCCCUGUAACACUCUGCCUCUAGGCCUCACAGCCUAUAGAAACCCUAGUAGGAGUUCCUAUCACAGCCUAUAGAAACCCUAGUAGGAGUUCCUAU